AUGCGUCUGGAUGCCGGAAAGUUCGGAUUCCUCCCUGAGGACGAGCAAUUCGUUUCGGACUCGGAAACUGACUCAUCGUCAGACGACAGUGAUGACUUGGAAAAGGAUGAGCGGCGACGACGGAGGCGCCAGGGCAAACGAAAGGAGAAAUCAAGGAGAAGGGAGGAGAAACGACACGAACGCACCGCCAAAAUGACCGGAACGGCAGGGGAAGUCGCGAAUCUUGUGAGACAGCUCAAUACCAUGAGGCCUAAGGACCCGAUGUACGCCUCCCUGUACUACAAAGCGAUAUCACUAGACGACACAGGGAAAGUAGAUGACGUGAUCCACUGA